GAGAAAGAAGGGACACACAGCGGCAUGCUCAUGGUAUUGGGAACCGGGCGGACCUUCGAUGUUUUUCUGGUUGUCCACUUCACAGACUCACCAGCUUCUACCGAUUUACUCGGAUAAUCUCCCCGGGACAACAGAGCGCAGCUAUCUGCCCUAAUCUCCGCUGUUCUCAGAAGCACAUGUGGGUCUGUCAUGGAGCCUGUCGUGCAUCAGGUGUGGCCGAGAGUCUUGCAGCACCUCCGCAGGACUCUGACUCUUCCACAGAGGAGCCAUUCAGGCUGUGUUGAGCACAACGCUGUGACAGCCACCACUCAUUCCAGGCCCAUCAGACCCACACUCCUGGUGUCACGCCUCUACCAGCCAUCAAACCUGCGUGAUGUGGGGCAGGACAGCCGGCUGCAGGGAGAGAUGACGUGUAAGAGCCAGAGGCUGAUGCAGCAGGCCGGACUGAUCCAUCCUUCCAACCCAGGGUGUUAUUACUACCUUCCUGCUACUGUGCGCUCCAUGGAGAAGCUGGUAAGAGUGAUCGAUCAAGAGAUGCAGGCGAUUGGUGGGCAGAAGUUGGACAUGCCCAGUUUAUGUUCAGCUGAUCUCUGGAAAACCAGUGAACGCUGGGAUUUGAUGGGGAAGGAGCUGUUUCGUCUGAAAGACCGCCAUGAAGGUGACUAUUGUUUGGGUCCUACGCAUGAGGAGGCGGUGACAACUCUGGUUGCUCACCAGGCGACUCUAUCCUACAGACAGCUCCCUUUGCUUCUUUAUCAGAUUACACGCAAAUUCAGGGAUGAGCCAAAGCCAAAGUUUGGUCUUCUUCGAGGGAGAGAGUUCUACAUGAAAGACAUGUACUCAUUUGAUGUGAGUGAAGAGGCAGCGUAUGAGACCUAUGAAUCUGUGUGCCAAGCAUACACUCGACUCUUUGCCCGCCUGGGCCUGCAUUGCGUACAAGUACAGGCAGACACAGGAAAUAUCGGAGGUACACUCUCCCAUGAGUUUCAGCUGCCGGCGGACAUUGGCGAGGACCGUCUACUGGUAUGUGGGAACUGCUCCUUCUCUGCUAAUGUAGAGACCGUGUCAUCGGAGAGAACUGACUGCCCACAGUGUAAAACUGGCACACUGGUUGAGUCAAAGGGCAUAGAGGUCGGCCACACCUUUUACUUGGGGAAGAAAUACUCUCAAAUAUUCAACGCCACCUUCAGCAAUGCUCAGAACAAGCCUUGUGUUGCUGAAAUGGGCUGCUAUGGUCUCGGAGUUACACGUAUUCUGGCUGCAGCACUUGAGGUGAUGUCAACAGAGGAGGGGAUCCGCUGGCCAGGGCUUCUCGCCCCUUAUCAGGUUUGUGUUUUGCCACCAAAGAAGGGCAGUAAAGUGGAUGGGGUGGCAGCCUUGGCUGAUGACUUGGUUCAGAUUUUGGAAGAGGCUGUGCCAUGUUUGAGAGGUGAAGUGGUUCUCGAUGACCGUACACAGAUGACUGUUGGAAAGCGACUGAAAGACGCCAACAUACUGGGCUACCCAUAUGUGAUCGUUGUAGGGAAGGGAGCUUUAGAGGGAACACCCAGGUUUGAGAUGAUCUGUCAGCAGACAGAUGAGACAAUGUUUCUGAGUAAAGAAGGACUGAUAGAUCUAUUGGGAAGAGUGGAAACUGUAUGAAUCACAACCCUGACUGGAUAAAUAAAUGAUUUUAUUAUA